CUAAUUUAAAAUUUUGUGCCGGAAUUUCAGUGGCUGACACUGAAUUGCAUAGCUUCAAUCCAAUCGAAGCUGGGAAGAAAAAAAUGGCUUCGGCUGCGCUUCAAUUCUGGUAUUGGACAGCUCCUAUAUCCCACCGUUACCCCAAUCAGUUGGCUUCCCUAACCUCCUCACUCAAAUUCGCCACUCCUAUUUCUGCCACCAAUUCCAUUUAUCUUCCAAAACCUCUUACUGUGCGUUUUGCUCUGACUGAAUCCGACUCGCCCAAAUCGAUUGGACCUGACCCUCAAACCCUGCUCCAAGAAAUUGCUGGCAGUUUAGACCUUCCUCCUGAUUACUUUGCACAGUUUCCCCGCGACCUUCGAUUAGACCUAAACGACGCCGCAUUCGACCUUUCAAACGGACCUGUUUUAGAUGAGUGUGGUCAAGAGUUGGGAGAGACUUUGCUAAACCUCUCUCGAGCUUGGGAACUUGCUGACACAUCAACAUCCCACUCUUUAGUGAAAAAGAUUCCUUUGAUUGAGGCCAAGUUGACAGGUUCUGCCAAAUCAGCACUUGGAAAGCGUUUGAUAUCUGCUGGAAGAAGGUUUCAAUCAAUGGGACAGUAUGGCCAAGGUGAGCCACAAAAGAUUGCAAAAGCAAUGAUUGCAGCUGGCAGAGCUCUAUCUACUAGUUCAUCGUCGGCAGUGACAGUUGAAGAACCGAAAGAGGAGACGAGGGUGCUGAAAUUUGGAGAGUUGCAGGUUGAAAUAACACCAGAUAAGGCCAAUAUCGGUGCUGUAAUUGGAUUUGUUUUCGGGAUUCUUUCGUGGGAAAUUGCUCAGGGAAUUCAAAACAUUCCGGACAGUUCUUUGGAGUAUGCAAACGACAACGCUUUGCUGCUUGCUAAGUCUUUAAAGGGAGCAUUGCUUGCUCUUUUCUACUUCUCAACGUUCUUGUCUGCAUUUACCUCGGGGGGACUUGUUCUACUUGGGUUUCAGCUCAAAUCAAACAAAGGUUGAGCUUUAGGUGUGCCUUCCCUCAGUUUUGCUUGUAAAUGGUGUAUAUGCACGGUCUAAGUUUGUGAGUAAUGGUAGUGUACUAAUGUGUAUAAUAAGGGAAGUUAUCGAUGUUUAAGAAAUACUAAUGAAUAAAUAAAUUAAAGUGGAGCAGGUAAUGCUUGGAAACAUUAUGCGGCAUUAUAUGUGGGAACACAUCCUGUAGCAAAAUUGUACGAAAUCAUCAAUGAUAAAUUAGAUUGUUUGAAAAAA